GAGAAAGAGAGAGAGAGAGAGAGAGAGAGAGAGAGAGAGACAGACAGACAGACAGACAGACUUUCCAUUUGAUGAUUAACAACCCUAUGUAUAAUAAUAAAGCAAAACAAAUGGACAUAUAAAUAAAUAAAUAAAUAAAGUGAGGAUGGUGAUUCUGCUCCAUUCCUUGCCCCAAACAGAGGGUAGCUCCACUGGCUAUUUUAAUCUUGUUCAGUGAAGCCUCCAUUAGUGCACUGCUGCUCAUCAGUUCUCUUCCCGGAUCAGUCCAUCUGAACAGCAUGGCAUCAGCUGCUGCUGCUUCUCCUCCUCCUCAAGAUAAUCUUGAUCAUACCCGAGUGAGAUAAGAGGUUCUUCUUGAACGACCGAAAAAAAUGGAAAUACCAGGAUUCUGCAAUUCUCUGCAUUCAAAUUCACCACCAGUCCAAGACCGCAUUCUCACUUCAUCAUUCUACGGAAGGUCUGUGAAUAUCGGGCAUCUAAAGAGCAGACCCUCUAGUGUUCCUCAGUUCGGAAGAAAAUCCAAUCGUGCAACGGAAUGUUGCAUCGUGUCAAAGGGACCGCCCCUGAAUUCUUUUCUUGCAGAUGUGCCCGAAGAUUUUCUGACAUUGGAGGAUCCCGUAUUUCGGAAACCCAAAGCCGACCCCAAGACUGUUGUUUCAAUCAUAUUAGGAGGCGGAGCAGGAACUCGGCUUUUCCCCCUGACUAAAACACGAGCAAAGCCCGCUGUGCCGAUCGGUGGAAGUUACAGAUUAGUCGAUAUUCCAGUGAGCAACUGCAUCAACAGCGGGAUCAACAAGAUUUACAUACUCACUCAAUUCAAUUCUCAGUCCCUCAACCGCCACCUAGCUCGAACAUAUAAUUUGGGAGGUGAGAUGACAUUUCACAGUGGAUUCGUAGAGGUAUUAGCAGCAACUCAAACUCUAGGUGCGUCGGGGAAAAAGUGGUUCGAGGGCACAGCAGAUGCUGUAAGACAGUUCGUGUGGUUAUUAGAGGAUCCCAAGCAUAGAAACAUCGAAAAUGUUCUCAUAUUGUCAGGCGAUCAUCUCUAUCGAAUGGACUACAUGGACUUUGUGCAGAAUCACAUUAAUUCAGGUGCUGAUAUAUCUGUUUCUUGCGUACCGAUGGACAACAGUCGUGCUUCUGAGUACGGGCUAAUGAAAAUCGAUACAGCGGGAAGGAUUAGACAAUUUCUCGAAAAACCCAAGGGUGACAGUCUGCAAUCUAUGCAAGUAGACACCACAAUCCUCGGGUUAUCAUCUGAAGAUGCCAAAAGGUUCCCUUACAUUGCAUCCAUGGGCAUAUACUUGUUCAAGAUGGACGUCCUACUGAAGCUUCUGAGAUGGGGUUAUCCAACAGCAAAUGAUUUUGGAUCAGAAGUCAUCCCUAUGGCUACAAAAGACUACCGUGUCCAGGCGUACUUGUAUAAUGGAUAUUGGGAAGAUAUCGGGACCAUACAGUCUUUCUUUGACGCGAACUUGGCACUCACAGAUCAGCCUCCCAACUUUCAUUUCUACGACCCGGAGAAACCAAUCUUCACAUCUCCUCGUUUUUUGCCACCAUCAAACAUUGAGAAGUGUCAGGUCAUUGAUUCUAUAAUCUCGCAUGGGUGCUUUUUAAGAGAAUGCAGCGUUCAGCAUUCUGUGGUGGGGAUUCGGUCGAGAUUAGAAUCCGGGGUACAGCUGAAGGAUACAAUGAUGAUGGGUGCUGACUUCUAUGAAACAGAAUCUGAAAGAGCAGCCUAUCUAGCAGAAGGAAAAGUCCCGAUCGGUGUUGGGAGAGGCACUAAAAUCGCCAACUGUAUAAUCGACAAAAACGCAAGAAUCGGGAAAAACGUUAUAAUUGUAAACAAGGAUAAAGUAAUGGAGGGGGACCGACCAUCUGAGGGGCUCUACAUACGAUCGGGCAUAACUAUCGUGUUGAAGAACUCCCUAAUUCAAGACGGAACGAUCAUUUGAGAUAAAUCCUCUUUGACAAGUGAUGCGAGACUCAGAGGAAUAAUACACAACAGGUUGUGGAACGAAGACAUGCCGACACUAGCAAGUUUUGCAAAUUCAACAUCACAAAUUCUACUCAAGGUUGCCCGCAUGUUCAACCUUCCUCGUCAUGAUUCGACUUAUAGAAUUCAUAAGAGAGAGCAGUAGAAAUUCAACUUUAGAUUGAGACACAAGAAACAUUUUCUGCUUCCACUGUAGAUAUUAUUCCCUUGAACGUAUCUUUCUUUUC